GAACUGGAAGGAGAGGCGGCCAAAGGAAUAAUUAGUUUUGGGGAUGACCAGAGAGAUAAACCUGCUGGAGCGCGUGCUACAGGUGGGUGCUGCUAUGGUGACCAGCGAGCUGAGAUAAGGGGGGACUUUACCUAGCAGGGUCUUGUAGAUGACCUGGAGCCAGCGGGUUUGGUGACGAGUAUGAAGCAAGGGCCAGCCAACGAGAGCGUACAGGUCGCUGACAAAACGGAUGGCACUGUGAUAGACUGCAUCCAAUUUAUUGAGUAGGGUAUUGGAGGCUAUUUUGUAAAUGAUAUCGCCAAAGUCAAGGAUCGGUAGGAUGGUCAGUUUUACGAGGGUAUGUUUGGCAGCAUGAGUGAAGGAUGCUUUGAUUUGCGAAAUAGGAAGCCAAUUCUAGAUAGAAUCCUGUAGCACCCCCAUAGAGACUGCCAGAGGUCCAGACAACAGGCCCUCCGAUUUGACACACUGAACUCUAUCAGAGAAGUAGAUGGUGAACCAGGCAAGGCAGUCAUUUGAGAAACCAAGGCUGUUGAGUCUGCCAAUAACAAUGUGGUGAUUGACAGAGUCUAAAGCCUUGGCCAGGUCGAUGAAUAUGGCUGCACAGUACUGUCUCUUAUCAAUGGCGGUUAUGAUAUCGUUUAGGACCUUGAGUGUGGCUGAGGUGCACCCAUGACCAGUUCUGAAACUGGGAUUCGAAAUGAUCGGUAGUCUGUUUGUUCACUUGGCUUUCGAAGACCUUAGAAAGACAGGGUAGGAUAGAUAUAGGUCUGUAGCAGUUUGGGUCUAGAAUGUCUCCCCCUUUGAAGAGGGCAGCUUUCCAAUCUUUGGGAAUCUCAGACAAUACGAAAGAGAGGCUGGUAAAUAGGGGUUACAACAAUUUCGGCAGAUAAUUUUAGAAAGAGAGGGUCCAGAUUGUCUAGCAUAUGUACAUAUGUACACAUGCUGUGUGGCUCACAUUAGGCUGUUGUGUCUUUUGAAAGUGACAUUAAAUAUGCAUGUUGGUCGGACAGGUCCAUAGAAAUACUGUAUACUAGAAAAUAGUUGAUAACGCUCCCCUUCCCAGAAAUGAAUGACUGUAAUAGCCUACUUCAGACCACAGAUAGAGCACCUUGCGUCAACGUCCGAUACACAAUUGGCCUAGGUUAGACUGGCAUGAACUACAUUUGAUCUGAAGGUUUUGACAACCUCGUAUACCCAGUCAAUACUUUCCGAUACACUGCUUCUAGUCUAAAUGGGGAAACCGGUAGCCCUGUCAAUGAACCAGUCGACGUGGACGGGGGUGGGGUAAAGGAUGGUGGGUAUCGCCGGGGGGGGGGGCAGAACCGCGCUGUGUGCAUUUAUCAAAGUAGGCCAUGCAUUAUGUCAGACCUUAACUCCUCUUCAAAAGGCCACAAUGCAAGGAGGUCGGUAGAUUGGUUAAAAAUGUAUUUGUUUGAUUGCUGUCAUUGGGAGUUUUUAGUAAAUGUAUUUGUUUGACAUUUAACCUACUUUGAGAUUUGCCAUGGCUGCUGAUCAUUGAUCUGGCUCUCUUUAUCCUCACAAAGUCUUGGCAACAUUGGUGGAUGGAUGCAUUUUAUAUUGGACAGACACUGAAGGUUAUAUUCAAAUGCUAUUGUAUUUUUAAUACUCAGGCUAUUUAGCAUUCUUUAUGAGUUCUUAAAUUUUACAAAUCCCUGGUCUUGGAAACUCUUGAUUGGCAUAGAGUUCUAUGAUUUUCUUAGGCCUAUUGCUAUGGAUUAGGCAGAUAGUUUAAUUCAAAAUUGUAUUUUUAAACUUGUUAAAGAUAAUUUAUAGGCUCGGCCUAUCAUAGUUCUGUGAUGAGCAUCGAGAUACCUGCUGGCUUGAUGGAUUUGCUGCAAGGAUACACUGUGGAGGUACUACGGCGCCGACCGCCAGAUUUGGUUGAAUUUGCAAUCCAAUAUUUCACGCGUCUACAAGACAGCCGAAAACACGACAGGCAUGUCAAAGAAAGCUUAGCCGAUUCUACACGGGAAGGAGUGGCUUUUGAUAGUAUUUCAGUUGAAUCAAAUGAAGAUGAAGACUCUGAUGAUGCCUAUAUGCCCCCCUCCAACCCUAAUAAAUACAGUCGCAGAGCAUCUGUCUGUGCAGAGGCCUAUAACCCAGACGAUGAUGAGGAUGAGGACUUUGAGCCGCGGGUGGUACACUCCAAAUCAGACGAGCAGCGUCGCAGACUCCAGGACGCCUGCCGAGACAUUCUACUGUUCAAAACUCUCGACCAGGAGCAGUUCUUAGAGGUUCUGGAUGGCAUGUUUGAGGUGUUGGUCAAACCACAGGAGCACAUCAUAAACCAGGGGGAGGAUGGAGACAACUUCUAUGUCAUAGAGCGGGGUGUGUACGACAUUGUUGUGCUGAUUGAUGGAGUUGGAAAGUGUGUGGGGAAGUAUGACAAUAAGGGCAGUUUCGGGGAGCUGGCUCUCAUGUACAACACCCCGCGCGCUGCCACUAUCAUGGCCACCCAGGAGGGGGCACUGUGGGGAUUGGAUCGGGCCACAUUCCAUAGACUCAUAGUGAAGAACAAUGCCAAGAAGAGAAAGAUGUAUGAAGCCUUCAUUGAGUGUGUACCCCUUCUAAAGUCUCUCGAGCUCUCUGAGAGGAUGAAGAUUGUUGAUGUCGUGGGAAUGAGAGCGUUCAAAGAUGAGGAGUGCAUCAUAACACAGGGGGAGGAGGCAGAUUGUUUCUACAUCGUGGAGUCGGGCCAGGUGAAGAUCAUGAUAAUAAGCAAAACUAAAGCAGGACAGCUGGACAAUGCAGAGGUGGAGAUUGCACGCUGCUCUAGAGGCCAAUACUUCGGAGAGCUGGCUCUGGUCACCAACAAACCACGUGCAGCAUCCGUCUAUGCUGUAGGGGACACCAAGUGCCUGGUAAUAGACAUUCAAGCGUUUGAGCGUUUGCUGGGUUCCUGUAAGGAGAUUAUGAAGAGGAACAUUUCCCAAUACGAGAACCAGCUGGUAGCUCUGUUUGGUUCUAGUGUAGAUUUGAAACAUUAAAGUAUAAUUGUAAGAAACAGCACACUAACACAAUCCCACAGAGUGCUUCCUAAAUGCAUACUAGCUUUACAUACUUACAAGAUAUUUGUUGACAUUUAAUUGUAGAAUCUACUGGACCUGAUUUAAUAACUGAUAUCAACGUUACAAUGUGAACUGUCUCAAAUUACUUUGAUCAUUUUGUUUAUAUGUAGUAUUUUCCUUGUUUGAUUAUUGUGGAAGUAUCUGUAUUGUUUACCGUGUUGACUUGGCAAUUGUUCAUGCAUGUUAGCCCAAUUUAUUGAUAAUUCUAGCCCAAUAGCUCCCUCACAAACAGAUGCUGUUUUUUGUACUGAAAUUACCUUGAGGUCAAAGGUCCAUCAAUCAAAUAUUAAUAUGUGCUUUGAUAUGGAAAUACUUUUCAUCUGCAGAUGGGGAGAUUUCAUAAAUAUAAUCCCUGGUCAAAAUGUUAUCAAUAAAGUAAAUGGAAGUUGG